AUGAUGUUAGUCCAAGAAAGGAGUACCCGAAAAACAUCUCUCUGUUUCUCUCUACUUAUUUCUACCCCAUUACAAGAACAACAACACCGCGUCUUGCUCUUGAUCAUCGUCCUCCUCCUCCGCCGCCGCCGGCCACCACCUUCAGCGAGGGAAGAUCUUAGGAUUACGAUAAUGGAUGAAAAUUUAGGAACCAAACUGAACGGCAUCCGACAGAUUGUUAGGCUUAAAGAAAUUAUCCAAAGAUGGCAGCAUGUGACACUUGGGGCAAGAGGAAACGAUAAUGAUGAUGAUGCUGAUAACAAUCCUCCCAUGAGUAUUGGUAAUCAUCCAGGUGGAGGAAUUAAUCCAGCCAUAACCAUGAGGUUGAAGGGAUACUCUGUUUAUUCUGAUUCAGACAUUGAAGACGGAUGCCAGAGUCCUGAUCCACCAAACGAUGUGCCCAGAGGGUAUUUGGCUGUCUAUGUAGGCCCUGAGCUUCGGAGGUUCAUCAUUCCCACAAGCUAUCUUAGUGAUCCACUCUUUAAAGUUCUUCUGCAAAAAGUUGAAGAGGAAUUUGGAUUUGAUCAUAGCGGUGGCCUCACCAUCCCUUGCGAGAUUGAAACCUUCAAAUACCUUCUCAAUUGCAUGGAACAUCAUCAGAAGGAUCAUCUUGAACACAAUCAAGCUAGCAUUUGAGCUUCAAAAGACCAAAUAUCAACUGUGUAAGUAACGAUUGGAUGCAGCUUAUUCUUGUGGUAAAAACCCAAAAAGAAGUUUCUAUUGGUAUGAUGAUUUGACAUUCUUUUAUCUGUAUUUUUGCUCUUCUCUCUUUCAAAUAUUCAAAUGUAAGAGAGUGGCAGUUAUAGUUCAUAGAAAGCUUAUGUUUCUAGGUGUGUGUGUGUGUUCAUUAUUCUUGUCAUUGGAUGUGUAAUAGUAAUACGUUUAAAUUCGUGACAUAUUCAUUGUUCAACCUAGUUGAGUAAAAACGUCAACUACCAAUGGGUAUCAUCCAUGUUACAUGUAGCUUUGUAGCACAAAAGUAAUUAGGCUUAGAUGUAAAUUCAUUUCAAUUGCUUUAAGGUAAAGAAUAAAAGAGUAAGAGAUAGGUGUUGUAUUAUAGUUGUUAAAAUAAGAGAAUAAAAUAAGGGAUUAGGGAUCAUGUAAUUGAUAGGGUGCAUGUGCUUAAAAGAUGUAUGGAUCAUGGAUAGAUCUGGUAUUAUAUAUAAAAGUAACAUGAUAUCAUGAGUGUGAAGACACAGACACCUAAUACGAAUUUAUAAAUUAUAUUGGUGAGAGAGGGAGGGAUGUGGAAAAGAUUGUGGGCAUCUCAAGUGAAUCAUUAGUCCUUUCCUGUACUUUCUAAGGAUUAAGCUAAAAUUUGUUAAUUUAUAUGGAUGAGUCAUUGUGUCCAAAUUUCGUCGAUUACUUGAACGUAAAUGAUUGGAUGCUACAUUCACUCAAAAAUCUAUAGUUUUGUGUGAUUUAUGUAUUGGGUUGUGGUGACUUAGUAAAACAUAUCUCAGAUAUGGUGGAUAACAUAUUGACUUAUGUUUAAGUCUUAAUACUAUUCAGUUCUUGUGGUCAUGGAGAUUCGUAUGCAAUGACUUCAAUGCAUGAGAGAUAGCGUCAUGUUAGCAUGGAUUAGUCGGUGAACAAAAGUUGGC